AAUUUUAUGCUCUAUUGCUCAAGGUCAUUUCCAAGCUCGAAAACAAAAUAUGAUUUAUACCGAUUAUCAGAUGAUCUCACUUCUGCAGCAAAACAAACAUUCUGAGAAAAAAAAGAGUGAGGUCUAAAUGUUACCAUUUCCGCUGAUUAUUGAUAAAUUGGAAAAUCGCCAACUCCACCCAAAUUAACAAUUGAAAUUUUCGAAUGAAAAAAAAAUCCAUUAUCACUUAAUGGAACUUGUAAAUUUGAAACAUUUUGCCAAAUUCCAUCUCACAGUAUAGGUAAUUUAUUCUCGUACAUAUCACUUGAUAAAGGUAUGAUCAGUUUCGAUAUCAACGGACAGCCGAAAAGUCCAGACAAAUUAUGCAACGAUGGAAGCAUUCCAAAUUCAUAUUCAAGAACGAUAUUACUAUAACAAGUUUUUCUCAAGUAGUAAAUUACCUACACUUCACGAGCUAGUUUGUAACCGCAGGGCAAACCUACACGUGCAUCUUAUGUCUACGCAUCCAUAUCUUAUAUACUUAAUUAUGCAUUUAAUAUACACAAAGUAACAAAUGAAUAAACACAAAUAGAUAUUGGGUAGUAAACGUCGCGAAACACUUCUUCACGAUGAUAUUACACCAGUCAGUGAUAACCUUUUUAUCUGAAACUGAUAGUUCAGUGAGCAGUAAAGACCCGUUAGUUGUAUAAAUGUACGACAACAGUUAAAUUAUUGUGAGCAAACACCGUGACUCGGUAAUUUGGAAUUUGUUUCAUAUUGUGAAAAAAAGUUGAGCUUUAACGUUAGGUAAUUUUGUUAAAUGGUGACGUCUAAAGAAACCUGCCAAAGCACAUUGGAGGCUCAACAGAACAAGCUACUAGAUAAUAAUUCAUUGACGACUAAAUUACCACCUGCUUCGUUAUGGUUUUCAAAACGAUUACUGGUUGCUGUGUUUAUGUUCACGUGCUGCGUGAAUAUGACUUUUUUGAGACACAAUAUAAGCAUAGCUGUGGUCGAUAUGACGUCGACUCGAAACGAAACUGGGAACUCGACAAUAUCCAGGGCUCCAGAAUUCAACUGGAGUUCAAAAACCAUCGGUUUCGUUCUUAGCAUUUUCUAUUAUGGUGGAUUAUUGUCAUUCACUGGAGGAUACAUUGUGACUAAAUUUGGAGGAGCGACUAGUUGCACGUUAUCAAUGAUGUUGUCCGGAAUAACGACUAUAUUCCAGCCUGUUAUUUUAUACUAUAAUUUUCCUGCAUUUCUGAUCUGUCGUAUCCUUACUGGAUUUUUCGACAGUUUCGCAAAAGUGAGUAUGUUGGAGGUAUGCUCAAAAUGGAUACCAAAAAACGAAAGAUCUAAACUGAUGUCUUUCAUUAUCAGCGGAUUCAAUGUGGGUACAACAAUGGUACACGGUGUCUGCGCCGUUUUGGCUUAUAGUUACGGAUGGCCGAUGAUAUUUUAUGCAACAGGUUCAAUUUCGUUGGUCUUAUCCAUACUGAUCUUCAUUUUGGUUAAAAAUCAACCCUCGGAUGAUAAAUCCAUCUCGAAAAAGGAGCUCGUGUACAUAAAACAAGGAGUUGUCACCAGUGAGCAAAAAAAAACCGUGCAUCCGUACAGACGAAUUCUGCUUUCACCCGCAAUUUGGGCUUUACUCAUGAACAGAUUCACUCAGUUUUGGGUUACCACUAUUUUAGUCACCUGUCUUCCUUUGUAUAUUAAGGAUUUAACUCAACAGAACAUCAAUAAAGUAGGACUAUUUUCUUCACUACCCAACAUUGCCAGCAUUUUCAUGUUCCCUAUUUGUGGAACGUUUUUGAAUUAUAGCAGAAAAUUCAGCGCUUCCACGACUCGGGUUCACAAAAUAUUAGUAGGUUGCGCACUCAUCAGUAUAAGUGUUCUGUUCGGGACAACAGCGAUGAUUUCAAAUUUCACUGUCACGGUAUUUCUAUUCGUACUGGUUCAGAUGUUCCUGUCAAUUGUUAACCUGAUCUCAGAAAUAAUCACUAUUAGCAUAGUACCGGGCAGCAGCAGUGCUAUUGCUGGACUCAAUAUGUUUGUGAUCUCAAUGACCAACAUUGUAGCUCGUCUUGUCACUGGUUUCAUGACUCCUACUCGAAGCAUGGCAGAAUGGAAUAAUUGCUUCAUCUUGUCGAGCGGUAUUGCAUUUCUGAAUGCUGUUGUAUUUUUAAGCUACCUACGGAUCCAGUGAAUCUCAAAGCUAGGCAACAUCACAGCCAGCGCCCAUUCAGCAAUAUGAUUCCGUUCAUUUGGAUGAAAAAAACAGCAAACUUUGACAAAUUUCAACAAAUACUGCAUACAUUUGGUUUUCAGAUCUGUCUUUCAAUACAUUACCUACUCACUUUU